UUUCACGCCUUCAGUCCAUCAAGAGCUGUAAGACAUGGCGUCCGCUAACCAGUGGGAAGUUGUAGGCAAGGGGAAGAAAGGGAAACCUCAGGUUCAGCCUAUGACUAAAUCGCAGAGGAAGCAGUUCUUAGAGAAAAUGCCUCGGAUUGAAGCAAAAGAUCCAGUAAAAGAAGACCGUACCAUAUAUGAUGCAUUCAAUGCAUCAGAUGGUCCCACAGAAAAAAAUGUUCGUCCUAGUGCAGGAGAUGCUGGUGGAAAGAAAGGUGCACAGGUUUCCAAGAAGAAAAAGCCCGAACAAAAUGGAAAACAUGUCUUAAAGCCAUUGCCCAUUGAUGAGGCACUUGCAAAGAUUGACCAUGCAGAAUUGGAGUCCAUUUUAAGCCAGUCUCAGCUACGUUUCCCCGAUAAUCAGGAUGUUUGGCUUAAAGACCUUGCUUCAUAUCUCAACAUAAAGCUGGAGAAAGUGCAGGAACCUGAGGGAGCUUUUAAAGGCAGAGAGAAAGAUUAUCCGAUGGCGCGGCUGUCCGGGGGAUGUAAAAAAGUGAUUUUUAAUGUGUUCAGAAAAUGCUCAAAAGAAAAUUUGGAUCACCUAUUUUACCACUGCGUUCAGGGCAUGAUCACAGAGAGUAGUAAAGGCAUGUCUGUCAUUGGCUACAAGGUCUUUCUGCAAAUGCUGGCUCAUUAUAAACCUAACAUCGUUCUUCAAAGACUACCACAGUACCUGGAACUGUUGAAAACAUCUCAGAACCGUCCAGCACAAUGCCUAUCUAUCCUGUGGGUGCUUGGCCAGUGUGGAAUUACUGAUCUUCGCUGUGGUCUUAGAGUGUGGCUAGAUAUCAUGCUGCCGUGUUUGGGAAUUCGAUCUGUUGCUGCUUACCCGGUGGAGUACAUUGAGAAUCUCUUCCAGUGGCACAAAUAUACUCAGGAGGCCUACAAGGAAAUGGGAAUGCGUGACUAUUUCCAUGUGCUGGACACAGUCUUCUCACCGAAUGUUGCCAUCCCGACAGACCUCCGCAAGCGGCUCCAGGCAGUCUACCCUGACAUUCGGACCAUUGCCUAUGGAGCCAAUCCAUCUUCCAAUCUUCACAAUUUCUUUGCUUCUUAUCUACGGAGAGCAGAACCUUCUGCACCACUGAUCAUGAAGCAGGAGGUGCUGUCCUGUCUGAUGCAAUGCUUGGUGAAAGAUAAACAGUCGAGGAGCACCUGGUGUCAGAUGUACACUAAGCAUCUGCGACAGUCAGGAGUUUUGCUACAGCAUUUGCUGGAGAACUGGGAUCAUCUUAGCACAGCCAACCGCCAGAUGCUGAGAGAGAUGCUAAGGUCCUUUUCAGUCACAAACGAGGAGCUGGCCUCUCAAGGUCGUACAUCACAAGAAGGAUUUGAACUGUGCAACGUUGCUACCCAGGAACUGCUACAAAAAGCAAAUCAGAGCCGUUUUCUAUGGGGUUUUCUCAUCUUCUUUUCCCUGUCAGUCUUAGUAGCAGUGGUGGUGUACGAUGUUUUGACCAGUCCCAACAUUAGAGCCUCAAGGACUGUAAAAUUCGUUGAAGAUUAUGGAUUGCUGAAUGCUAUUGAGCAAGCCUGGAACCGCAUCACAGUCUUUGGCAAUGUGGUCAUAGGAUGGUGCAGACAGAAUUUCCCUUGCUGCUUCCACCACGUUCAGGAGACACUGGGGCCAUGGGUCAGGCAGGCGUGGCAACUGUCUUUGGACUUUGGCACAUACAUUGUCAAUGUUUCGCACCCUCACAGGCUGUGGGCUGUGGACAAGAUGCAGCAGGCACUUCAGUGGGUGUACAGUUUGUCACCUGAGUCCUGGGAGCAGUGUCGAACUUGGUUGUGGUUGAGUUGGGAUUACUUGAAAGACUACACACAUUGGAUAUGGAAACAUGUGUUGCACCUGCUGUUCUCUCUCCAGCACUGGUUGGAGGACCAUGUUUUUAUUGGAAACUUUACAACAGACAAAUUACAGCAGACGGCUGUGUGGGGCGUUGAACAGAUGCAGCACUACACAGUCUCUUUCUUCUCCUGGUGCAGUCAGAUGCUGUCUGCUGGUGGCAAGUAGCUUCAGCUCACAGUCACAAGCAUGAACUGUUAACUUACACCAAAAGACUCAUUUUAUUUAUUGGAUAUAAAAUCUUGGCUAGCUGUGUUAAAAAUUGAUGUCUUGUUUUCAUAUCCAUAUCCCACCUCUCCAUCAAUGUACCGUGACAGUGGAAAUUUGCUUAGUUUUUUGGAUUUAUUAAAAAUUUUAAGCCACUACUGAUAUCAGUGGUAUCCAGCCGAAAUGAGGAUGGUCCCAUCAUGUUCAGGCCUAAGUGGCACACAUUACGUAUGUCCAGUCUUUCUUUGAUUUUUGAUAUCAGGUCCUAAAUAUUAGCACAAUUCAGUAGAAGAAUAUUACUACUUAUCAGAAUUUUCCUAAGCAGCAUGGUUACAGUUAGAUGCAGACUUGGUAGAUCUAAUUUAAAAACAUGUUCAGCUUGUGUUCAAGUUUUCUGCUGAUCAAGUCAGAAUAUUUUUAAAAGGCCAGCAAUAUAUAGAUUCAAUAGCAGUUGAACCUUUCCAACCUAAAAAUGGGCUUCAGUUAUUAAAAUUACACAGAUUUUGUAUUCAACUUUGUGGAUAUGUGAGUGUGAGGGGGCUUGGCCAAAGAGUUCAGCCAAGUAGGGUUUUUCUGAAAAUUAUAAUUAAGAAUUCAUUAGGUUUUUCCCGUAAAAAGAUACUUCUUCCAGUCACGGGCUCUAAAACAUAAUACUUGCACUAUGUUUUUAAAAAAUGUUGGCUGCCUUCUAGACCCAUUUUGAACAGCCCAUUCAGAAUUUUAUGUGAGUCGUUCAUUGAGUCUGUGUGUACUGGCACCAUCAGCAAAUCUUAUUAAAAUCUGUAUAAUAAGCUGUUGUCUUGUGUUCUCAUCAUGUACUGUUUUUCAGAACUGUUGGGUUUUGCAACAGUGUACAGUUAAUGCAACUGCCAUCAGCCUACUUGUUACAAUAAGUUCUUUUUUUAAAUUUUGUUUUCUGAUAAUCUGGUUCUGUAAAUACUACACUAUGAUGAACCGGGUACAGUAAACCUUUGUUGCAAUAGUGCUGUUUUAGCAAACAUUAUCUGGGUAUUUUUUUGACCACAUCUACCUGUUAGCCUGCUAGAACUGCCAUUUCUUUGCUCAGACAGCUGAAUAUUACUCUGGUUUGAUAUGACUUUAGAUCAGUCUUUGUAGAUCAAAGUCUUAAUACAUGGAAGAAUUGUGUGAAACUGAGGGAAAGUGAUGCAUUUUUGUCAUUUUUUAGGAUUUUCGGAGUGUGACUGACAAGGAUAAAGCUUGCACCUUUAGUUUUAUGCACCUCUUGAACAUCAAGAACACGUGCAAAACAAAUUUCGGGUAUUCAGACAGUAAACAGGGUUUAUAUUAAUCUAUUGAAAACUUGUUAACUGCUUUAAAAAAAGAGUUUUUUUUUGCUGUGGUUGAUGCCCUUCUGUUACCUUGGUCUGCAGCAGCCCAAGCAGCAUUCUAUUUAAGAGCAUAAAAUAUCGAAAAAUGUAAGUGGUUAACAAUGUUAAUGUCAAAGUUUAAAAUGUAUUAAAUCUUAAGUACACCAAUAGAACAGUUGUCCAUGUCUUUUGGAAGCCUUUUUCUGCUCAAGUUUGAUCAUCUUACAACAAACCUUUUCUGAUUUACAAAUGUACCACAAAAUGAAAAGAUUAUAAAAUAUCAGUUUGGGGCUAUGGGUUGUAACAAGAAUGUCAGCAUUGUUAAGCAGUCACAUCCUUCUUGUGCAAGUCAUAAUUUUGUGCACCUAGACACUGUUUACCCAGUUUAUGGAGACAAUGUGUUAUGCUAAAUUUUAACAAGCUUAUGGUACUUGCCUUGAUGCGACCACUGGGAAUUUCUUUCCUGGUACUAUCUGCACCACAACAUAUUAAAUAUGAGCCCCAUUUUUGUUUUCUCACGAUUUUUACAAUCUUCUGCAAGUAGGGCCAUUGUAUAUUCGGUUUCAAUCAACAUCAAGCCACAUUCGAUGAGUUGCUGGUUUAGAUAAUUUUCCCUAGUCCACCCUACUUUUUGGUGUUUCCAAAUUUUAAUCUGAAAACAUUAAAAAAAGCACAUCUUUGUCUCCUUGGGGAUAUCUUAAACUCAGAUGUACAUCUUUUCUUUUCAGAGAUAUUUUAAAGUCAAGGUUCUGUACAAUGUAUUACUCAUUUUUAAAUUUGGAAAGUAAAAAGUAAAGACUUUCAAGCCAUUUCAUGUUCCUCUGCCAUGUGGGAUUCAUCUACUUAAAUCUUUGAGAAGUUCAAAAUAUUUUAAUAUAUGAUGUGAAAAUAGCUCAGAUUGUCCUGUUUAUAUUGGUAUUUACAAAGUGAAAGGACUUGUAUUACUGAAACUUGCAUAGGUUUUUUUUUUAAAAAAAAAAGUUUAAUUACUUUGAUGGAGAAGAGUGAACAGUUAAGAAACUAAUUACUGGUCACAAAGAGCAUGAAUGUUCCAGUGCCAUAUAAAAGACUAGAUUGAACUGAAUCAUGGUUAUGUUGGCCUGAUGUUACUGAAGACCCAACUCCAUGUGCAUCUUUACACUGUUAUAAAACAGAGUGUAAUUUUCAAAUGGCAUUUAUUAAAGCAAACUGUAAACACA